ACGGUUUGAUAUUUACGUUUCAAAGAAAAUUGUUGCAAUGUCUGGUGUUCAAGAUACUUCGUGCAAGCUUUGCCUCAAAACUGUAACCGUAAAUGGUUUUGAGGUAAUAGACAACGUUACUAGAGAUAUUUUAGAUGUUCUUUUGCUGAAAUUGAAAUUUGAUAGCGAAGGCAAAGAGGUUAUAUGUAACGUUUGCAGAAGAAAGUUAAACGCAGCAUUCGAAUUUAAGGUAACUUGUCUGAAGACCGAUUUCACAAUUAUUCCAUAUGUGGAUUGUGAAAAAAUGUUACAGCUCGAUAUAAGAGACGUGUAUACGAAGGAAAAGACAAACGACUCAAUGGAUGUUUCAAAUGGUCAGAAAAUAUGUCGAUUGUGUAUGGAGCCAGUAGAGAGUGAAUUUAGGUGUGUAUGUGAAGGGGAACUUGAAGCUAUCGAGAAAUUGGCUCCUGAAAUGAAUAUAAAUAUCAUCAAAGAUCCCGUUGUAUGUAAGGAAUGCUUUGAUUAUGUGUGCACCCACAACAGUUUCCUAAAAAAUUGCUUGGAAGUACAGGACAAAAUUAAAGGUAUUUUUAAUAACGCAGCAACUGAAAGCCAGACAGAUACGUCGCCAUCCGAUUUAUUCGUUAAGACUGAAAACGAGGACAAAGAAUUCGAUAUCAACGAGAUGGAAAUGUCGAUCAAAGCUGAAAGUAUCGACAUAAAAUCUGAAGAUGAGGAAGGGAGCGACUUGCUACUGCAGAGCUCCGAUAGUGAAUCAUUCGAGAAGAGUGUCCUUAGAGAUGCAGAAGAGGAUGAAUGUAAACAUGAGAAUAGAUCGACAAACCAAUGUAAUAUGAAAGACAAGCAGGAUGACAAAGUAUUUUACAAAUGUGAUAAAUGUAUUUACGAAACUGGAAGCGAGAGCCGGUUUAUAGCACACCGUGCGAGACACGAGAAUGAUUCGGAAGCAUAUAAAUGCGAAUCGUGUGAGUAUGAAACUGAAAAUAAAAAAUUUUUUCAGAAGCACCGGUUGAGGCAUAAAGACUCUUCGGAUACGCGUAUGCACCAAUGCGGAUCAUAUGAUUACAAGACAAGGCACAGGUGUGAGCUUGCUAAGAGUCAGGUGAAACACAAAAGCGCAUCUAGAGGGCAAUUGUAUGAGUGUGACAUUUGUGAUUUCAAGACAAAACGGAAGGUCAGUUUUAAUAGUCACUAUAUAAAACACAAAAACUCGAACAAUUGUGUAGAAUAUGACUAUAAAACCAAAUACACUGCAUUACCAAAUAAGGACACUUCACAAUUGCCCAUUUAUAAAUGCAAUGGUUGCAAAUACCAAUCCAAGAAUAAGAGAAACUUUACCAGACAUCAGUUGAUACAUAAAGAUCCUUCGCAGGUUCAAAUGUACAGGUGUAAGGACUGCGAUUUUGAGACUAAAUACAAGGGUGCUAUGAAAAAACACCAACUUAAACAUAAAUAUCCUUCACAGAUUCAAAUGUACAGGUGUAAGGACUGCGAUUUUGAAACUAAGUACAAGGAUUAUAUCAAACGGCAUCAACUACAGCAUGGAGAUGCUCCUCAGGUUCAAUUGUGCGAGUGUAAGGACUGCGAUUACAAAACUAAAUACAAGGCUGAUAUGAAAAAACACCAACUGAAACAUACAGAUCUUUCACAGGUUCAAAAGUACAGGUGCAAUGACUGUGAUUUCGAAACUAAAUACAAGAAUGUCAUGAAGAACCACCAACUGAAACACAAAGACCCUUCGCAGGUUGAAACGUACAGGUGUAACGACUGCGAUUACAAAACUAUAUACAAAAAAUAUCUCAAAAAGCAUCAACUGAAGCAUAAAGAUCCUUCUCAGGUUCAGAUGUACAAGUGUAGCUACUGCAAUUAUGAAUGUAAAUACAAUGCUAUCAAACUGCAUGAACUGAAACAUAAAGAUCCUUCGCAGGUUCAAAUGUACAGGUGUAAGGACUGUGACUAUGAAACUAAAUACAGGAGUUAUAUCCUAAGGCACCAGCUGAAACAUAAAGAUCCUUCACAGGUUCAAAUGUACGGGUGUAACGACUGCGAUUACCAAACUAAAUACAAGGGUGAUAUGAAAAUACACCAACUGAAACAUAAAGAUCUUUCACAGGUUCAAAAGUACAGGUGCAAUGAUUGUGAUUUCGAAACUAAAUACAAAGAUAUCAUGAAGAAACACCAACUGAAACACAAAGACCCUUUGCAGGUUCAAACAUACAGGUGUAACGACUGCAAUUACAAAACUAUAAACAAGAAAUAUCUCAAAAGGCAUCAACUGAAGCAUAAAGAUCCCUCACAGGUUCAGAUGUACAGGUGUAACGACUGCGAUUUCGAAACUAAAUACAAAAGUUGUAUCAAACAACACCAACUGCAGCAUAGAGAUCCUUCUCAGGUUCAAAUGUACAGGUGUAAUGACUGCGAUUUCGAAACCAAAUACAAGGAGAAUAUCAAGCGGCAUCAACUGACACAUAGAGAAGGUGUACCGACUGCGAUUAUGAAUCCAAAUGCAGGAGUGGUAUAAAAUAUUACAUGUUGAAACAUAGACAGCCUUCACGGGUGUAUGAGCAUGCAAAGGUAAGUCGCAGAUUUAAGUCCAGUACGGCCCAUUGAAGUGCAAAAUCCAGUCAAAAUGUCAUUUAAGAGACUGACCGUAAAUAUGUGAAUGUGUCUAUCGUGAAAAACAUCGGUUCAAACACAAAACUCUCACUGAAACAGAAAGCUGCAAGUUAUUUCAGACUAAUGCUGUUGUAACAAUACAUUAAAAUGAAUACUCUGUAAUAUACACCUGUUUGUUUCUGUUUAAAACUAUAAAUUUUUCAUUACCAAUAUUCAGAGUGAAUCUUAAAUGUGUACAUGAGUAUUCUAAGCGACGAGAUGAUUUACUAUGUAGAACAUGCAAUUAACAGUUUUUUCUGCAAAAAAAUACGAAUAAUAUAAAUAUGCAAUAAUACUAAACACUAAAAUAAAUAUGCAUUGUCUUUCUUAAUAGAAAACUGUUGACAACUGACUUGGCUGUGGUAUUUAGGCAUUGAGAGAUCAACUAUUCUGUGUUGUCGAUAUCGUGUGGACUUGUAAACUCAAGUUUUGCAGUGGCGGCUUUUCGCAAUACUAUGUCUGGUUUUCACUUCUAGGUUGGAAACUCGGUAUUCGAUUGUCCAUAUGAUUUUUGAGACAAGUGUUGCGGUAAACCAGAAAGCAGUCCUUUGAAAAUUAUUAUGUACCUUGUAGUGGGAAGUUUUUUAUUUUAUUUAAAUUAUAUUUGUACAAAAUCAAUUCACCCUUCCAGCCUGAUAUUCGUUAUUUGUACCGUCCUAAAUUAUUUGUGUUGUCCUUAUGAGUAGGAGUUGUGUACAUGUGGAUGGCAAGAUUAUUACCGCUUUGGCUCGAGAAGGUGUUGGCUAACCGAAUUUUGCAGUAACCGCCUUUAUUUUCUGUUUAAAUAAGUGUUUAUUUGUUGCAUUUAUUUUUAUUUUUUGACCUCUUUAAUUUUUAUAUGCACAUUCAAAAUUAACCCUGCCUCCUAUGCAAUUUGUAAUUUUCAUUUAAUUCUUCGUAAUUUGUGUACACUGUUCACUACUGUAUUUUGUUAGUAUUAUUUUAAGGCCUAAAUAUAAUAAGUUUAAAUCU